UUAGGACUGGGUUGAGUAGUUUCACUUGAGAGUCAGUCUCCUAGUAACAGUGACCUUAUGCUGAGUCAGACCCUGGGUCUGUCUAGCUCAGGAUUGCCCACACGGACCGGCAGCAUCUCUCCAAGGUUUCAGGUCUCUGCUUCCUUCCCUUUGUGCCUGGUCCACUUCCUUUGACGGCUUGCUGGGGAAGGCCUUGCUCCCUUGUGCCAACGAUGUCGCAGGUUCCUGUGAAGAAACGGUCUCGGUGUCCUCAGCAUGCAACCCCGCCACCGGUGCACCUGGAGGAUCCGGUCCGUUUCCCCGACACGGUGCUCUGUCUGGUAGAGAAGAGGAUGGGUGCCAGCCGCAGGGCCUUCCUCACUAGCCUGGCGCGCCGGAGGGGUUUCUGCGUCGAGGGUGCGGACAGCAAGAGAGUGACUCACGUGGUGUCGGAGGGCAACUCGGGCGAUGAGGUGAUGGAGUGGAUGAAGAGGAAGGGGAGCUGCUGGAUGGAUGCUCUGGGGAGUGGCCCGGCCUUGCUGGAUCUCAGCUGGUUCACAGAAAGCAUGAGUGCUGGCCAGCCGGUGGAGAUUGAGCCCAGACAUCGCCUGGGGGUGACCAUCCGCAAAGAGGAACCCGAAGGCAGACGUCAGGUGGCGGCGUACAUCUGCCAGCGCCGAACACCACUCGCCCACUGCAACCAGGCGCUCACGGUUGCUCUAGAAACGAUGGCGGAGGAGGCCCGCUUCUGCAGCAGCGAAGGGCGCAGCCUGGCGUUCUCCAGGGCUGCCUCGGUGCUCAAGUCCUUGCCCUGGGCUGUCCGGAGAGUUCAGGAGCUGAGUGCCCUCCCCUGCAUCGGGGAGCACUCCAAGAAGAUCAUCCAGGAAGUGUUGGAAGAUGGCACAUCUGCAGAGGUGGAGAGCAUAAAGCAGUCUGAGAGAUACCAGACUAUGGAGCUUUUCACCCAGAUCUUUGGCGUUGGAGUGAAGACGGCCAGCCGGUGGUAUCGGGAGGGACUGAGGACGCUUGCUGACCUGAAGGCACAACACACAAAGUUAAGCCGAGAGCAACAAGCAGGACUCCAGCAUUUCGAGGACCUCCAGAUCCCGGUGGUGCGUUCCGAAGCAGAGGCCAUUGGUCAGGUGGUGCAAAAGGCUGUGGAGCAGUUCUUGCCUGGAGCUUCUGUCACUCUGACUGGCGGGUUUAGAAGAGGGAAGCAGAGUGGCCAUGAUGUGGAUUUGCUCAUCACGCAUCCCGAGGAAGGCCAAGAGGUGGGGCUGUUGAGGAAAGUCAUCAGCUGGCUGGAUAGCCAGGGCCUCUUGCUAUAUCACAGCAGCCAGAGAAACACCUUCUAUGCCCUCGAAGAACAAGAGAUGCUGGACAGCAGCACGAGCACAAUGGAUCGCUUUGAACGCAGCUUCUCCAUUUUCCGCCUUGACUACCUCAGCGGAGGCAUUCAGAGAGGUGCUGGGUCCCAGGAGCCUGGCAGCAUAAUGAGUGGCUUUGGAGCAACCCGAUCCUGGAAAGCUGUCAGGCUGGACUUGGUGGUCACUCCGUACAGUCAAUUCUCAUUUGCUUUGCUUGGCUGGACUGGGUCAAAGAACUUUGAGCGGGACCUCCGGCGUUUCUGCAAGCAGGAGAAGAAGAUGGCCCUGAAUAGCCACGCCCUCUACCACAUGGAGCAGAAAAUAUUUUUGGCUGCUGCUUCUGAGGAAGAGAUCUUCCAGCAUUUAGGUCUGGAGUAUAUCCCACCUGAAGAAAGAAAUGCCUGACCCUUCUUAUGCAAGGAACCUCAGUGUACUUACUACCUCAUUGAAGGAAACUUCACUCAUUCUUGAAACUCAUGCAUGUGCGUUCGUGCACAGAACUAUCUUUCCAUGAACUUUCUGGAAUUGCCUACUCCUGCUGGUAUAUAGAGGACCUAUGACUGUAUUUCACUGAUUCAGAAAUUGUUGCGUUUAAAGGGAGAUGACAGCUGUUAGAGACUCUCUCUCUCUCUCUCUCUCUCUCUCUCUCUCCCCUCUGUUCCUGGAUGAUACCAAUGGAAGUUAAAGAAAUAAAUA